UUCAUUUCCGUACGAUUACAGCUUCUGAUAACUUAGUCGCUGCGAUGUCCGGCCGCGGGAAGCAGGGCGGGAAGGCGCGGGCCAAGGCCAAGUCGCGCUCGUCGCGGGCCGGGCUGCAGUUCCCCGUGGGCCGCGUGCACCGGCUGCUGCGCAAGGGCAACUACGCGGAGCGGGUGGGCGCCGGCGCCCCGGUGUACCUGGCGGCCGUGCUGGAGUACCUGACGGCCGAGAUCCUGGAGCUGGCGGGCAACGCGGCCCGCGACAACAAGAAGACGCGCAUCAUCCCCCGCCACCUGCAGCUCGCCAUCCGCAACGACGAGGAGCUCAACAAGCUGCUGGGCAAGGUGACCAUCGCGCAGGGCGGCGUGCUGCCCAACAUCCAGGCCGUGCUGCUGCCCAAGAAGACCGACAGCCACAAGGCUAAAGCCAAGUGAGUGCCGACAAACAACGCCCGGGAAAUCUUUCCCAGAAAAAUCCAAAGGCUCUUUUCAGAGCCACCUACAAAAUCAGAAAGGGAGCUUGAAUUCUAGAAAAUAAAGUCUGCAAAGAAGGGUGG